GAUAGGGGAAAAAACGUUGGGCGUUGUCAGCACGUGCAUGGUGUUAAGCUAAGCCAGCAGUUGCUAACAUCGGUUUGCUGUGGAGUCAGUUUAAUUUGAGGUUCCGCUUUAACAAAUCCUAAACGUCUGAACGGCUCGUCAGUCACAACAGUGUACAUCAGUAGAAAAACACCGGGACUGGACACAUGUUGGCUCUCUAGCUUGAUUUUAUAAAGUGAAGGCGGUGGGAAUAGGUUAGCGCCAACGUGGCUGUGUGGAUCUGCGAGGUCAACGUGGUAAACCUGUGCUACCACAAUCAUCGUGAGACUAGACGGGCUCUUCUGAAAUACAUCGGAUAACAUCCAGUGCUUAUGAGAGGUGACAAAUCAUGGGCAGCUGGGAUUCAUGAAAAUGCCAACAUGUCUUCAAUCCUUGGACUCCCUGCACGAGGGUCUAAUGUAACUGUUCUCAUAACUAAGGUUCACUUGAAUCCCUUUUGUGCUCUUGUGGAAUUAUGGGGAACAUUUGACCUAGAGAAGACAGCAGAUUACGAGUGCCUUUUCAAAGAAAUCCAAUGCCCUGGUAACUCAUUUCAAGAGUUUGAAGGAAAUCCUAGUGACCAGUGCUUGGUUCAGAUAGAUGCUACUUGGUACAGAUCCCGCAUUGUCUCAAGGAAUGGGUCAAUCUACAGUGUGUUUCUCAUUGACAAAGGGACGACAUUUAACACCACCAGAAACAAGCUGGCAUGGGGUAGGAAGAAGCACUACCAGCUGCCACCCAAAGUGGCAUUUUGUGUACUAGCUAAUGUGUUACCACUCUCACUUCAGAACAGAUGGUCUCCUGUGGCUCUGGAAUUUCUGGAAUCUUUUUCCGGUAAGUCACUGAAAGCGCAUGUGCAAGAUGUACUUGUGCCGCACAGAACAUUACUCCUGCACAUUCCAUGCAUCUCCAAACAAAUGUAUGAGAUGGGGAUUGCCAGGAAGCUGUCUCCAGAUGUGUUUCAGGACUUUGUUCUCACGUCACUGCAGUCCCAAAAUGCAGAUGAAGUGUCUCCGGUGAUUCAAAUACCGAUUGAAGCAGGUGAGCGACUGCACAAGAAAGAGGUCUUCCUGUAUCCAGAGCUGCCGAACGGAACUGUGGAGACCGUCAUAGUCACAGAAGUCACAAAUCCGCAGAGGAUAUUUUGCCAGUUAAAGGUUUUCUCACAAGAGUUAAAGAAACUUUCAGGGCAGAUCACACAGUGCUGUGAGGGCAGAACAACCAAUUGCAUUGUAGGUCCAGAAAUGAUUGGGUUUCCAUGUGCUGCACGAGGAAAUGAUGGCAGGUGGUACCGCUCUGUUUUACAACAGGUCUUCCCGUCCAACCAAAUGGUAGAAGUAUUGAAUGUUGACUAUGGAACAAAACAGUUUGUUAAAGUGGAGAAUGUUAGACCUCUGGGUGCAGAGUUCUUCAGGAUGCCCGUUGUGACUUACAUCUGUUCCCUCCAUGGAAUCAUUGACGAAGGGGGUGGAUGGACAACCAGCCAGAUUGACUAUCUCAGGACCCUUCUUUUGCACAAAACGGUGAUUGCCAAAUUUGAGUACCAAAGCAUCUCUGAGGGCGUUCACUAUGUCACACUGUAUGGGGAUGAAAACACAAACAUUAACAACUUGUUUGGUUCCAAUCAGAGCUGUUUUCUGGAGAGUGAGAAAACACUUGGAGAUUAUGCCAUCAGCACUGCACACAGCCGCAAGCAUAAAGCUCAGCAAGAAACAAAUCAAAGAAAGAUGCUAACUCCUGGACAGGAUGUAGAGCACAAAGAUGGGAAAGGAAUCAUACAAAAGUUGCCAGCUGAAGACCUUUCUCUCAACUCCUCCCAUGUGGCUUUUGUUCAGCACGUAUCUGACCCAUCAGAGUUUUGGAUCCAAACACAGAACUAUGCAAAUGAGUUGGAUGAAUUGAUGGAUGGUAUCUACCAUCUGUACAAAGAUUCAGUGAAUACAAAUGUGGUGACAAAUCCAACUGUUGGGCUGUUCUGUGCUGCCAAGUCAGAAGAUGGUGACUUCUAUAGAGCAACUGUGGCUAAAGUUGGCGAAAUACAGGUCAAGGUGUUCUUUGUUGAUUAUGGAAACACUGAAAUGGUUGACAGGAGGAACAUCAGGACCCUUCCUGAUGAUUUCAAAAAGCUGCCAUGUCUUUCUCUGAAAUGUACUCUGGCUGGUGUCAGGCCAAAAGAUGGAAGAUGGAGUCAAAGUGCUUGUGAGCUUUUCAUUAAAGCAGUCACAGAUAUAGAGCUGACUGUACAUGUGACAUCAAGGUACGAUGAUGGCUAUGUUGUUCAACUAACAAAUCCUGACGCACAGGGAGAAAGAGAUCUGAGCGCAUUGAUGUGUUGUUCUGGCCAUGCUGAAAAGGCUGAAACACAGACACAGCCCAAAGCCCAAAUGACCUCGCAACCUGCCAUCCUACCACAACUUACAGAUGCUAGCCUCUCGGGUGUAGGGUACAGGAGCAAAGAAAUGCUUUUCCAGUCCGAAAACACAGUUCUCCCUGCUGUGUAUGAAAGAAGAAUUUCUAAAUUUAAGGAGCACAUGUUUCCCAUUGGAAGUGUCCUUGAUGUCAAUGUGCUCUACAUUGAAAGCCCAAACGACUUCUGGUGCCAACUGGUUCAAAAUGCAGGGCAUUUGAAAAUGCUCAUGCGUGACCUACAGGCUCAUUAUGCAGACACUGAGUUUCAGCCCCUUGUGGAAGCAGCUUGUGUAGCUCGCCAUCCUGAAAAUGGAAUGUGGUACAGGGCCCUUGUAAUUCACAAACAUAAAACGUCUGAUGUGGAUGUGUUGUUUGUUGACUAUGGCCCAAGGGAGACAGUCCCCCUCCAUGACCUAAGGAGGAUUAGCCCACAAUUUCUUGUUCUGAAAGGCCAAGCUUUCCGAUGCAGUCUGUUAAACCCUGUUGACCCUACGUCUGCCAUAAAUGACUGGAACGAAGAAGCAGUAGCAAGGUUCCACAGCUUUGUGGAAACUUCAGAAUCCGACUUUGUGAUUUUGAAGUGCACCAUCUAUGCUGUCAUGUACAGUGAGCAGAAGGUUCUUUUCAACAUUGUGGAUCUAGAAACUCCCUUUGAGAGCAUCUGCACAAGUAUGGUAAAUGUUGUCAAAAGUGCCCCUCCAAAAAAAGCUGCUUCGCCCUCUUUCCGUCUGGACACAUACUACUACUCGACGCACAAUGUCAAAACUGGAACAGAGGAACAGGUCACAGUGACAUCUGUAAACAAUGUCAGUCAGUUCUACUGCCAGCUCGAGAGAAACGCUGAUGUGAUGAAAGAUCUCAAGAUCAAAGUGAACAAUCUCUGUUUUCAGCUUGAGAAGGCAAAGCUCCCAACAGUCUUUGGAACUUUGUGCUUUGCAAGGUACACUGAUGGACAGUGGUACAGGGGACAGAUCAAGGCCACUCAGCCGGCAAUUCUGGUUCAGUUUGUGGACUAUGGUGACACUAUUGAGGUGGACCAAUCAGACUUGCUUCCUGUUCCCAGAGAAGCUAUUGACAUCAUGUCUGUUCCUGUGCAAGCAGUUGUGUGUAGUCUCGCAGAUGUCCCUGCCAAGGUUCCCAGUGAGGCAAACAGCUGGUUUGAAACAAGUUCGACAGAAUGCACAUUUCGAGCAUUAGUGGUGGCCCGAGAACCAGAUGGAAAACUGCUUGUUGAGCUGUAUCAAGGAAACACUCAAGUUAAUUCAAAGAUAAAGAAGAUGUUUCAGAUUGAGAUGCAAACAGAAGGGGUGGUUGUCUGCCAGGGUUGGAGAGCACCUGAGACUUCAGCAAAUUAUGACCAAAAGACUGCAAAUAUUUUCCUAAAACAAGAAAAAAUGGAAGAUCACACUCCAACCAUCAAAAAUGUGUCUGCCCCAAAACCAGCCCGCCAAAUGAGGGAUGCUGACAUAAAUCUUCAGUCUUCACCAAAAACUGGUCGGAAGAUCAAAGGUCUCUACAUACUUCCACACCUAAGACAAACUAGACAUGUCAUCAAGUCCAAAUCCCCUGACCCUGAGAAGGAAAGCAAAACUGAAACAUUCCCUAAACUUGCAGACCUGCCGACAAAAUCUAUCACAUCAGGUAUGGAAGCGGAUGUUUAUGUCUCGCACUGCAACAGCCCUUUGAGUUUCUAUGUCCAACUUGUCAGUGAGGAGGAUGACAUAUUCUCCAUUGUGGAAAAGCUAAAUGAUCCCAAAUCCAGCCCCCAAACUGACAACCUCAAAGACAUGAGUCCAGGUGACCUUGUGCAAGCGGAAUUUGCAGAUGAUUCCUCAUGGUAUCGAGCAGUUGUGAGGGAGAUCCAUGGCAAUACAAUGGCUCUUGUCGAGUUUGUUGACUUUGGAAAUACAGCAAUGGUUCCACUUUCAAAAAUGGGCAGACUCCAUAAGUCCUUCUUGCAGCUUCCCAUGUACAGCACACAAUGUUUGCUGAGAGAGACUACAGGUCUUGGAAAAGAGGAUGUGCUUGCCCCAGAAGUGGUGUCAGCUUUCAAAGAAGACAUCGGUGGUAAUGGAGAAAAGACGCUCAAGUGCCAGUUCUUCAGGCAAUCAGGGUCUGUUUGGGAAGUCAGUCUUGAAGACAGCGGCGUAAAUGUAAUUUGUAAAGUACCUACAAAAGGUUCAGCGGAAAUCCCCUCUGAGAAACUUGAAGUCAAGGAAAAACCUUCCAAGGAUUCCGACCUUCGGAACAUGCCAGAAAACUCUGAGAAAUUGCUGAACUCCUGCUCUCUAAGCUACCACCAACAAGAUUUUUCAGAAGGACAAAAGUUAGAGGUCUACGUCACCGCUAUAGAUGAUGGUCAAACCUUUUGGUGUCAGCCUGCAGACUCAGAAGAGCUUGAUCAGAUAACAUCAAGAGUCUCUGAAGUGGGGGAUGCGGCCGAUCACAAACCUAUUGACGCAAGCUCUCUUUCCCCUGGCAACCCAUGUAUUGCUCUAUUUUCAGACGAUGGUUUUUGGUACCGUGCACAGGUCAUUGACAAAGAUGGGGAUGAGCUGUCUGUUGUCUUUGUAGACUAUGGAAACAAGUCCCAAAUCAACAACGCAGAUGUAAGGGAAAUGCCCUGUGAGCUGAUGGAAACUCCUCCACAGGCGUUUAGGUGCGAGCUGGAAGGCUUUGAUGCCUUACACGGGUCCUGGAACAGUAAUGCAGUUGAUGAGUUCUCUGCACUAACAACAGACAAAGUGCUACAGCUGACUGUCAUCAGAGUAACUAGAGAAGGAGAAAAUGUGAAAUGCCUUGUGCGGAUGGAAUGUGAGGGCCAGGUGCUAAACGAGGCGUUGAAAAUCUGGUGGAAGAGCUCAACGACAGGAAACCAACCUGCAGUUGGACUAACAACUACAUACAGUACACCACUUCUUAGUGACUCCACAGUGAAAGAGACUGCACCUCCUGAGGAUCAACUACCCGAGGAUGAACUAGGUGAAGAAAUCGAUGCUACUCAUGCACACAUCGACCCUCAGAGAGACUACCCUGAAACGCAGAGCACUGGCAAUCUCAUUGACUUCCACGCAGAUGUUUUGGCAUCUGGUAGUCGCUCAGCUGAAACAAUGUUAUGUCUAUUAGAUAACGAAGAGGAUAAAACAUUUUUUAGCUGUGACACAAGUGUGGUUGAAGCUGACGAAGACAAAGAAGAGGGUUUUUCAAUGACUGGGCUAUCGGAUGAGAACCCUAGGUCCAUAGAUGAGUCAGAGAAUACCACUACCGACUUGGAGUCUCUCUCAGGAGAGAUUAAUAACAACACUGGUUCUGGUCCAACUGAAGGAGAUGGGGGCAAGGUUACAAAGGAAAGGGGAAAUUAUUCUACCAGUACAACAAAAGUGAAAAUGGUUUCUCGUGAAGCUGUUAGUCGCAAGGAAAACGUUGAUCUGUUUGAGACAUAUAUUGACAUUUCUGAAUAUGUGAAGCAGAUUGAGGCUGAACUGAUGCUGCCCUCCUGUGUGCUUCCAGCAUUUGAUGCUCCCUCAGGGCGGAAGAUUGACACUGUGGCAGACGGUGUCUCAGAGGAAGAGCUGCCAUGUGUUGCCACACAUGUUGAGGAUGACUUGAUGACUGGAGAAGAGACUCUGGCUCUUCAUGAAGACAAAUGUUCAGCCCUGCCUCUCUCUGGAUCAACAGACAGUGAGCAACGGACCAGCACAGCUCCCUCUCAAGAUUUGGGUGACGAGGAUGAAGAGGGGACCUGUUCUGAGGAAGAGACUUCGCUGACAGAUGUCAGCACAGAUCUAAAUGAGCCAAGUGAUGACUCCAAAGUGUCCACCGAUAAAGAGGAUUGUCUCGGCAGUAUGACAGCAGAGGAAACGGUCCAAAGUGAAUCACAGCCUCUGUAUAAAGAGCUUCUUUGUGAACUAUUUACAGAAGCUCCGUCAGAGCCUGAAAUAUUCUUCUCUCUACAGGAUGAGGCCAUGCAUAAAGAGAAUAACUCGGAUGAAGACGAGACUUCAACUCUUCAUGAAGAUGAGCUUUCUGCUCUUUCCUCUGACUCUGAGCCACAAGCCUCCUCAGCUCCCUGUCCAGAUUUGAAGAAACUGGUUGAGGAGGUGACCUGUCUUGUGGGAGGGAUCCAUCUGACAGAAGUCUGCACAGAUCAACUACAAGAAGCUGAGGAGGAGGAGGAGGAGGAGGGAGAGCAGCCGGUGGGUUCCCCCCCCGAGGAAACAGAGGAUGUCAGCAGCAGUGAGCUCAAAGAACAACAGUCUUCUUCUGCUGAUGACAGUUUUGAGGCCCAGCUGUCGAUGAUCACUCAUCUCUCUCUGAUCAUAAACGACAGUCCUGCUGACCCUUGUCUCACAAUGCCUGAGGAGUAACCACUUUAUUUACAUAUCAGAUACUUUUAUUUAAUAUAUGCUUUAAAAAGACAAGUUCAGUCUCUUUGGCCAUUUUGAGUUGUUACAUUAACCAGGGAUCUUCAUCCUUUGGUGUGGUUUAAUUUGAAAGGAAAAGCCCUGGUUACAGUUUCAUAGUCAGCGUCUGUGUGCUGGCCCAGUGUCACUGCAGCAAUGUUGUUACAGUAUCUGUUCUGAUAAACGGCCACACAAUUAUUUAGAAAGUUUUAAAUCUUUUGUUGAAAAAGAUAUAAAAAAAGCUGCUUUAUAUGUUUGGGAAACGCAGCCGUUUUCAAGUGUUUUCUGUUUUGUGUGGAUACAUGCAUGUGUUGAAUUUAAUGUUGACAAAAUAAAUAUCUUUUCAGAUCUACAG